UAAAAAUAUAUCCCCCCACUUGACGAAAACUAAAUAAGACCAAGAACAGAGUGGCUAACGACAGGUUUCCCCGGCAACGCAGACAACGGCAAAGCCUCAUUAUCCAUCUCUGGAGGGAUGAUACAUCAAGUGUCACUGUCCAUACAUUAUGCAUAUGCUUACAUAACUGUAUACCCUGAAUUAGCUCUGGCGGAUCUCCAUCGACCGAUCCAUGAACUGCGACUCUCAUGUGUUUUAUUCAUUCUGAUAUCUCGGUUCGAUGGUGUCUAUAAUGAAGCGAUUCAUCGCUCCUCUGCGGCUAUUGAGACACCAACCCUGGCCUUUGUCUACUGCGGUCGCACCUCGUCUUGACAUAGGGUCACCCUUGGAAGAAGAGAACACGCCUUAUUAUCAUCAAAACCGCUUCCAUCCAAUUCAUCUCGGGGAUGUUUUGGAUGGGCGUUAUCAAAUCGCCACAAAGCUUGGCUAUGGUAGCGGCUCUACUGUGUGGCUUGCUCGGGAUCUCAACCAAUGGCGCUGGUUGGAAGAGAAGUACGUUGCUGUGAAGGUGAUGGCUUAUAGUCAUCGUCAAGAGGACACGCUGCCGAGCGAGAUGAGCACACUGAAGCAUAUAUCGGAGGUAAAUCCCCCGCAUAGGGGAUGGAAUUUUGUUCGCCAUCUCCUUGACUCGUUUGAAAUCGUCAAGCCAUCGCAUAAGCAUGUUGGGCUUGUCUUUGAACCAUUGAGAGAGCCAUUAUGGCUCUAUCAGAAAAGAUUCCCAGGAGGUGUGAUGCCUUCGAAUAUUCUAAAGAUUAUUGUGCGAAUGGUUCUUCAUGGAUUGGAUUACCUUCACUCGGAGUGCCAUACUAUACACACAGAUCUCAAACCAGACAACAUCAUGGUCAAGAUUGAAGAUCCCUCAAUACUCAAAGAUGCAGCACGGGAUGAGUUCCAAGACCCCCUGCCACAAAAGGUCUAUGACGAUGGACGGACAAUCUAUCUCUCUCGCAAUAAUUUCGGUCCACCACGAGGAAUUACAGGGAUAGUUCGAAUCACCGACUUUGAUCGUGCCGUUCGUGGUGAUCAGCCAAACAGCGGAUGUAUCCAGGCAGAGGUGUACCGGGCCCCGGAGGUCAUUCUCGAUGCAGGAUAUUCGUAUAGUGCGGAUAUAUGGAGUUUAGGAGUCAUGCUAUGGGAUCUACUUGAAGGAAGGAAACUGUUUACGGGUGCUUUGAGUAUGGACGAAGACGAUGAGAUGAAACAGCUGGCAUAUAUCACUGCCUUACUGGGCCCUCCACCAAAAAAGCUUCUUGAUGCUGGGAGAAGAACAGCCCGUUUCUAUAAUGUGGAUGGAACCUCUAAAUCGACAAAAUCGACACCCGCUAGAAUCGAAUUUGAAGACAUAUUGAAGAAUGUUGAAGGGGAGGAUAAGCAAAUGUUCAUUGGCUUUGUGAGAAGAAUGAUCAAAUGGCAGCCGGGGGACAGAAGCACUGCAAAAGAACUGUUGCAAGACCCAUGGUUGUAUGCCGAAUGUCCACAGCGUUGAAAUGCGAUGAUGGCCUUAUUGUUAUGGCCAUAGACACUAGUUAGUCAGGUGAUCCACAGGGAUCGCCUCUUUUUCCCUCUCGCUCCUCUGGAUUUCCUGGAUUCUCUUCAUCUCACAUAUCCACCUUUCGCUGCCUAUCUAAAGAAAGAAAGAGCAGCAGAG